AUGGCGGACUUGGAGGAAAAGUUGAAACGAAGAGGAAAAGGGGGGAUAAUAUUGGGUAAUGGGAGAAUUUACUCAUUUGCAUACGCGGAUGACGUGGUAUUGAUGUGCGAGAAUGAGUCAGGAAUGAGGUUGUUAAUUAAGGAAUUUAAAAAAUAUGUGAGAGAGAAAGAUUUAUGGAUAAAUGUGGAAAAAACUAAGGCGAUGAGACUUAUGAAGAAAAAAGACGGAAAGCAGAAUGAAUGGAGAUUGAAUGCAAGAGUGGCUGAGGAAGUGGAUGAGUUUUGUUACUUGGGUUUUUGGUUUCAUUAUAGUGGAGGGCAUGAGUUGAAUGUAAGUAGAAGAGUGGAAAGAGCGAAUAAGAUAAUGGGUCAGGUAUAG